AUGUUUAUUGUGAGCCAUGUACGAUUAAAGAGGUUGAUUUCGUAUUUUAUUCUGUCUGUAGCAGGAAUCACCAUGUUAGCAAUAUAUGCUUUAGUGUUUACGUGGUCCUCUUCAGUGGGCUUCCCAGACUUUCCUCGUAAUGAGGAUUCCAUAUAUAUCAGAGGGAAACCCCCGGACGAAACUGGCACUGAUGUCCGAAACUUUCAACGACACAACAGAGUGCUACAAUUUUCCAAUUCUGGUGAUUUGGAUUAUAAAAAUGCAUUAAAGUUUGCUCCAAGUGAAACUAAUAGUGACAGUGUCAAACAAAGUGAUAUAUACGUAGAUGAUUAUUAUAAUAAAAAUAUAGAUAUUUCAAACAACGAGAAUGUUAAUAUCAACGAUGGGGGUGGGGUAGAUUCAUCAUUAACUCAAAUCAAACCUACUAUGAGUAGAAAACUUCCACAAGCCUUAAUUAUUGGAGUAAAGAAGGGUGGCACGAGGGCCCUAUUGGAGUUUUUAAGGAUUCAUCCUAAUGUCAGGGCUCCUGGACCCGAACCUCAUUUCUUUGAUAAACAUUAUAAUAAAGGAUUAGAUUGGUACAGAUAUUUUCUGUAUAUUAAAUAUAAUUCUAUAUCGAUUACUACGACAGGGAAAAUGAGCAGAAGUCAUCAGAAUAUACAGGCUCGUCUGCUGCUCUCUAAUUAUAAUCAGACAUAUAUAGUAAUUCGGCGGGAACGUAUAUGGUAUAUUGACGGGAAACUGUAG